AUGAUUGAUACCACAGCAACGGCGGCGGCGCCUACACCUGCUUUUCCCGAGGUGGCUGUAGACACAGUCCGGGCUCUGACAACAGCCACUCUUCCGUGGGAAACCCUAGAUACUAGGGAUCUUGUCCCAUCCAUCCAUUUCGUGCCGCCGCCACCCACUCACCAAAUCCCCAUCGGGAUCCCCUCCCGAUCCAGCCAACCACCUCCCUCCUGUUUUCAGCCACCACCCAAUUCCUUCGAUCCAACCACCGGGCACCUCGGCCACCUCCUUCCUCGGCUCCUGCCCGAGCGCUCCUCUCCUCGCCGGAGCACAGGACCCCCUCUGCCGCCGCGCCAUGGAUGGCUGCAGUCCAAGCCGCGUCCUCGCCCGGCCUCUCGCGCGCCCGAGCUCCACCUUGCGUGCCCGCCUCCUCGCCCUCGUGGCCGAAGCAGCCGAACAGGAACCGAGCGCCCCCGAGCCCAGUCCCCGUGCUGCCUCUCCAGCCGCCGCCGACCUCCUUCGCCUCGUCCGCGGCGCCCGAGCACCGCCUGGAGCCGCGACUCCCGUCGGACCUCCUCCUACCUGAGGCUGCUGCCUCCCCCCGUCGUCUUCCUCGAGCAGGAGCUCACGCCCGAGCUCCAUCGCCACCCGGUGCCCCUCGCCGGAGCAACACCAGCAGGACCCUGCGGUCUCCUCUGCCCUCCCCUCGAGCCGGCCGCAAGCUGCUCCAUCACCAGCAAGGAACCGCCGCCGCCAAGGACUUGCCGGGAGCGGCGCCAUGACCUCGGAUCUAGCCAAGUCGCGCGCCGUCUCCGCCGCCUCUGCCUCGCCGGAGUUCCUCCGCCUCGCCUGUGCCGACCUCUGCUUCCCCUGCUUCGAGCGAGACGGGACGACGCGCCCCUGCUCCUCGCAUUGACCGCGCCUCCAGCGCCUGGGCCAGCAUCCUCCAGCCCCAGGUGGCCACUUCGUCAGCCCGAGCGGCCAGGCCUGCAGCGAGCUCCACCCACGGGCCAAGGCCCAUGCUUCGGUUUCUUUCCGGAGUUGUGAGGAUUCGUUCGACUCCGUUUGUUUGUCUUCUUCAUGGACUCGUUCUUCUUCCUUGCGGGAUCUCAGGCAAGAUGAC